AUGAAAAAUAUAAUUGACAAUCUAAAUAUUGUUACAAUCCAAGUUGGCGAUGACUAUGCAGACAUUCAAAUGUUUGUUGUCAAUAAACUUGUUUUGCAAGAAAAAUCAGCUUACUUUGCUGCAGCAUUUUCAAAUAAAUGGACCACGAUUAAAGAUGACAAGUGCUAUUUUCGAAAACCAAAUAUAUCUGCAAGUGUAUUUGAGGCACUCUUAAGAUACCUGAAUACAGACGUAUUUGAUUUAAGCGUAUACGAUCCGUCGGCUUGUUUAGAUCUGCUAAUUGCAUCGGACGAAAUGAUCUUUGAUGAUCUAUUAGAAAAGGUUCAAACAUAUCUAAUAGAACAUGAAAAGCUAUGGCUUGAAACGAUGAUCAUCGAUGUGUUAAAUAUCAUCGUUCCUCGUCCCGCAUGUUUUCAACUUAGAAACUACUGUAUCAAUGAGAUUGUCGAACGAGAUGCCAGAUUGCUAUUUGAAUCGCCUAAAUUUAGUUUGUUAGAAGAAAACGUUUUGCUGUUACUAGUUGGAAACGAUGAACUUAACAUCAAGGAAAUUGAUAUUUGGAAAAAUUUGAUUAGGUGGGGUCUAGAUAAUAUCAAUAACAUCUCAGAUAGAAACAUUGACGAAUGCAAACUAUUGCAACAGACACUUUGUAAAUUUUUGCCGCUUAUACGAUUUUUUCAAAUAUCACCCAAUGAAUUUGACCGAUACGUACGACCUUAUGAAAAAAUUCUAUCCGAAAAAUUACUAGAGGAGUAUUCGCAAUUUCGGUUCACUGGCAUUAUACCUAUUACAAAUAGAAUCAUAGAGCCACGAUUACCACCAUUAAGAAUCGAAUCGAAAAUUAUAAAGCCAAAACACGCGGCUCUCAUUUCCUCAUGGAUUAAUGGAAAAUCCGAAAUCGGGCAAAGCGUCCCAUACACAUUCAAGCGCAUUUAUCGUGCAAGCACUGACGGAAUAUCCGGAAAAGCAUUUCACGAAAAAUGCGACAGAGCAGGUCCAACAAUAAUACUCGUAAAAUCAAGCGGAUCCGAACAAAUUCUCGGCGGAUACAAUCCUUUGAAAAACGGUUGGAAACGAGGCUGGUUCUCAUCAAACCAUCAAACUGAUUUUGCAUUCAUUUUUUCAUUUGAUAAUGGGAGAAAUUUAAGUAAUGCAAAGAUUAGCCGAAUAAAGGAAAACGCUAAACAUUGCGCAUUGGUUGAUCAUCCAUGGGAUGGACCGUGCUUUGGUGCUGGACCUGAUUUAUGGGUUAGUAUAAACUGUUCAAAAAAAAUCGGACAGGUGGUAAACGAUACGUAUGAGAUGGGUAUCAAAGAUCACGAUGUAUUUUUUUAUUGGGAUGAUUGGGAAGUAUUUCAAAUAAUAAAAAACAAGUAUUAA